CUUUCUCUCUCUAGAUCCCUCUCUCAUGUAUCUUUCUCUCUCCAAACCCGUGGAAACUCUCUCCGACUCUCCCACACUCCUCUCUCUCUCUCCUCUGUACAUGCGUUACCAACAGACUGGGAGGAAGUGAGGAAGAAACAAUUAAUAAAGCUAUCUCCUUCCUCUAAGCUCUGAUAGCUGGUAGUCUCUCCUUUGCUCUCUCUCCUAUUUUCGCUCUCCUCUCGCCAUUUCUCACUUUAGGGUUUUUCUCUAAAGCAACUCCUCUCCUUUUCUCGCCCAUCACACAUCAAACCCUUUCUCUCUCUCUCUCUCUCUCUCUCUCUCUCCUCUUCACCUCUGGUUCUUUAUUUUGAUUCUUGUUUUUUCUAUUAGUAAUUUUGGUGUUUGAGUUCAGGAUCUGGUUGUGCUUUCGUGCUUCCAUUUUUUUGGGUAACGUGAAUCUUCGGGUAAGAUAAUUCUCAGAUGUAGGAUCUGCUGUGCAAAUUAAUAUUUUGAGGGUUUGAAUUUUUCCCUUUUUCCUAGCUCUGAAUGUUUAUCAGCUAGGUCUUUUUUUUCGUGUUGAUUUUUCUGAGCUGAAUUAUUAGGGUUUGGGUUUCAUUUGGGAAAUCGGAUUUGGUGCUCGCAAAAUUGUGCUCACAGCUCUCUCACAGGGGAGAUAUUCCCAAUACACGGCUGAAAAAGGCUGUGAGAACGGUGUGAGCACAAUUUUGUAAGGACCGAAUCCGCCCUCUUCAUUUGGAGCGUUGGAGUUAUUUUCAGUUUAUUUAUUUAUUUAUUUAUUACCAUCUUGCCAUUGUUUUUCGAGUUCUGAGGUGGAUUUGGGUACAUAGCUGGAUUUCUGGAUUUGUUUGGGGUUUUCGGGAGCCGGCUCCUGCAAAUGUUCAGUUGUUAGGUUUUGUGUUCUGAAAUUGAUGGUCCUUUUCUGGUUUCUGCGACCAGACACGGUCUCGAUUAUGUUCACGGGGAUUCAGGUUCAUUUAACUUAAUGGAGCUACAGUUUGGAUGUUGACGGUUUUUCGUAUUCUAGGCGUUCUUACAGAAGACUUAUAUUCUUCAAUUGGUACCUUUUUCUUUUUCGAUUGAGUCCUCCUAAUUGCUACUCUGAUAAUUUUGAAUGCUAAGUUUGGUUUUUCUCUGUUACCAUAUCUCUAUAUUGGGUUGUCUGGGGACGAUCUGGGCUUUUGAUGGCACUGGUAUCUUCUUUUUUUCUAUUUUGCCUCUUUUCUUUUCCCUUUUCCAGGAUUUCUGGUUCGGGAACGCCGAGAAUGGGAUGGCAGUAAGUAGUCUUGAAUUAAUCAUUUGCUCUCAAGACUACGAGUGUUUUGAAAUAGGAUCAGGUGAAUCCAUAUUAAGAUGAGUCGAUCAACUAAUGAUAGCGAAGAAAGUAUGCUCUCAAAGGAUCAGAUUGAUUCACCAUCUAUUGAUGACAGUAGCUGUGGGAGAACUAUGGGUGGAGGGGUUGUUCUGAAGAAAGGGCCAUGGACAUCAGCGGAAGAUGCAAUUUUGGUGGACUAUGUUAAGAAGCAUGGUGAAGGAAAUUGGAAUGCUGUCCAAAAGCAUUCAGGGCUUUUUAGAUGUGGGAAAAGUUGUCGUUUACGCUGGGCAAAUCAUCUAAGGCCAAACUUGAAGAAGGGUGCUUUCAGUCAAGAAGAAGAGCGAAUGAUAAUCGAACUCCAUGCAAAGAUGGGGAACAAAUGGGCUCGGAUGGCUGCACAUUUGCCUGGACGUACAGAUAAUGAGAUAAAGAACUACUGGAAUACCCGAAUCAAGAGACGACAACGAGCUGGCUUACCACUUUAUCCUCCUGAGGUGUGUCUGCAAGCAUUAAAUGAGAGCCGGCAAACUCAGAACUCAGUUGAAAUCAAUAGUGUGGAUAAACGGCACCAUGAUCUCUUGCAAGGAAACAGUUAUGAGAUUCCCGAUGUCAUUUUUGACAAUUUCAAGGCAACCCAAGGGGCUUUAUCUUAUCCAUCAGCACUUCCCAACAUUUCUACUAGCAACAUUCUGACACAGAAUCUGGUUUCGUCCCAGAAUUACAGUUUCAUGCCUCCCAUAAUGCAUCACACCAAACAGCUUCGAGAAUCAGAGGGGUUGUUUCCUGGUUUGAAUGGUAACGUAACCAGUGCACUCCCACCAUUUGACCAGUUUCAGGGUGAUAAUUGUGAGAAAAUACAUCGGCCAUUUGGGUUGUCUUUUCCAUAUGAUCCUGACCCCAAUGCCAAGGAUCCACCUCAUUUUGGUAGCCAUGCCCUUAUAAAUGGCAAUUUCUCUGCUUCUAAGCCCAUUCCAGGGGCUGUGAAGUUGGAGCUCCCUUCACUCCAAUAUCCAGAAACUGACCUUGGUAGCUGGGGUACAUCCCUUCCCAUGCCUGUAUCUCUUGAAUCUGUUGAUACAUUUAUCCAAUCCCCUCCACCAACUGGGUCAGUGCAGUCAGAUUGUCUUUUGCCAAGGAACAGUGGCCUGCUGGAAGCAUUACUUCAUGAGGCACAGAAUAUAAGCAGUGCUAAGAAUCAGUCGGCUGACAAGAGCUCGAGUUCUUCGGUUGUUACACCCAAUGAAGUGGUGGACAGCUCAAACUUGAAUCUAUGUGAAACAGAAUGGGAUGAAUACAGUGACCCGAUCUCUCCAUUGGGCCGAUCUGCUGCUUCAGUUUUUAGUGAGUGCACUCCCAUUAGUGGGAGCUCUUUUGAUGAGCCCCCAUCAAACGAUAUAUUACCUGGAUCUAACAUCAAGCCAGAAACAGCUGAAAAGGUUUCAACCCCAGAUGGAGACAAGGAAAUCUUAAAUCGAUUGGAUUUUUCCAGGCCUGAUGCCUUGCUAGGUUCCGAUUGGUUUGGGCAGAGCUCUGAUAAUGGGAAAGACCUAUCCGUUGUGACUGAUACUAUAGCAACACUGCUUGGUGAAGAUUUCUGUAGUGAUUACAAGCAAAUGACUGCUGAAACUUCAAAGAUGGGUCAAGGAUGGGGUCUGGGCUCUUGUGCAUGGAAUAACAUGCCUGCUGUCUGUCAUAUGUCUGAACUCCCUUGAAACCUUCUGGGACUUGGUUUAUGUUGAAGAUUUGUUUGAUGUGGACAAUCAAAUCUGGUUUCUUCCUCGAUUAAAAGGUGAGGAUGAAAUUAUGGUAACAUGUGUAAUAGUCAUGGUUAUUUGCUAUGUGAUAUCUUCAUGUUUCCGCUAGGCAGGCUUCUGUUAUAAUUGUAGAAUUAAUAUGCAGUAUGAACCAUAUGGAACAUUGCCAUUCAGUGGUUUCAAUUAUUUGAUGGAUUUCAUUUGAUUAGAA